AUGACUCCUCAAUUGAAACUUAUAUUUCAUGAUAAAGAUGCAAUUGAAAAUCAAAUUUAUUGUCCAUUUUUAAUAGACACAGCUGCGACGAUGUCUUGUAUACCAGAAAAACUGAAACCAUUUCCUGUUGAUGCAACUUAUAUUGAUAUUGAAACAGGUGCUGGUAUGCAACGACAAAAACUUACGAAAAUUCAAGUUAAUAUUGAUGAACAUUGUUACAACGUCAUAGCUUGCAUUAAUCAAGGAAGUUUAUGCAUUCUUGGGUUGGACAUAUUGAAGUACUACACACUUAAUAUUGAUGGGGACAAAGCAGGCGUUCUGAUAAAGAAUAGCCUUAAACCAAAUCUUGAAGAAAUAUUUACCAUUUAA